UUAUUGUUGCUGUCCUUUUUAUAAAUCAAAAACUGUUUUUAGGCACACGUAGAGGUGAAUUAUUUGUUUGGAAUUUAUUAACUGGCCGUGUUAUGCGUCAAAUUCAAAUCAGUGCAACUCUUGAAGGUGGUAAUCCAACUGUCUUACCUCCACACACUGAAACAAUUCAUUGUGUUAAAUUGUCAACUGAUGGACAUUAUUUAGUAACUGGUUCACAAGAUCAGUUGGCUAGAAUAUGGACAAUGCCUGAUGAACGUCUACUUCACACUCUGGAAGGACAUGCUGAUGAUGUACUUAGUGUGGCAGUGUCAAUUGACUCUGAAGUAGUUGUAACAGGUAGUUGGGAUGGUUCUAUUCGUGUAUGGCGUGUAAGAGACGGUAAUCAAAUGUGUUGGUUCACAUCAAAUAUUGAAAUAUUACAAGUUAAAAUUAGCAAUGAUAAACGUGCUUUAGUUGCUCUUGGCGAAAGAAGUGGACAUCGUAAAUUAAUUAUGUUACAAGUAUUACGAAAUCGGACAAGAACUACAACCAAUCUAAGAACAGCUGGUUCACGUAUCACUUCGUCUUUAUCUCCGCCAACACCAGGCUAUUCCCCAUCAUCUCCAGUUGUUAUGGCAUAGUUAAUCUAAUUGUUGAAGAGAAAUCAGUCAAGUGAUCAAGCAAAAUGCAGACAAUAAAACAGAUACACAUACAUACAUACAUACAUACAUCCAUACAUACAUACAUACAUGCAUGCAUACAUACUACACAGUAUAUACAUGUGGAUAUGUAUUCAAAAUCCUAUAUUACACAUAAACGUGAUCGUGUAUAGUGUUGCUUGCUGUCU